CAUCUGCUGGCGGUCAGUGCAAGCAGGAGCCACUGGUGCCCCGCAAAGUGCAUAGCGCCGAAACGAAAGGACGGCAGGAAGGAAGGCAGGCAGGCAGGCACAGGAAGGCUGGAAGGAAGGAAGGCAGGCAAGCAGGAAGGAAGGAAGGAAGGAAGGAAGGAAGGACGGAAGGAACGUUCAAGCCUGGGACGUGGAGUCGGUCGGGCUAUCUCCUGGACGGCCGGAUCCAGGAGAGCGCACAAGGGUGACACAUCGUCGCGGCGUGACGCGUUCGUCACCGUGCGCGCGAGCGCGCGCGCACGAUCCGCUCGUGUUACCAACGAAAAAAGUAACGUGCCUUCGCUCCGCGACGACGAGCCGCGAGCCUACCACCGCUUCCACCAUCGACGCGCACAACGACGAGCACGAGGCGCUCGAGUCCAACCCCGAGCUCGUCCCACGUUCCCGCUGUGUGCUGCUACACUACCCUCCGUGACAGUUGGAGUGCGUGAGUUCGCAAGAGCCCCGGCAAGACUCGGCGAACCACCUUCGCCGGUGUGAUCCGACGAGCGAGGACGUCGACCGAGUUCGUCGUUGACGGCGCGAGGAAAGCAUCCCCAGGUGGCCAGGAGAUGCUUCUCGUUGAUCGUCGGCGGAGAUAGCGCGGCCCGCGGACGUCCCGCAGGACGUCGACAACGUCGACGAGCACGCGAUGACAACGGGUGCUUCGCGAUGCGGGUGGCUCUCGGUGCAGUGGUGAUCGACGAGAAUCGCAGUGACGACAGGCCGCGACGACACAGAGGAUAGUCGUCGCGACAGUCUCGGGACGCUCCGAGGGAAGCACCGCUGCUUGGCAUCCCGUCGCGACUCGAGUGCUCGAGAGCAUUUAAUCGCGCGCGAGGCCACAGCCGAGCGCCGCUCGGCGAGAGAGAGAGAGAGAGAGAGAGAGAGAGAGAGAGAGAUAUCGACCGUCGUCGCCGAAUUAAGCGGCGAAGGUCGCGAGCACCGCUGUCGCCUGUCCGUUGUCCUUCGGACCUCCGGACCGAGUCCGCGACGCGUCCCUCAGUCGAUGAUCCCCGCGCGCGGACGAGCCGGUGGGCGACGACGACGACGACGACGACAUGGCUCGCACACGGCUUCUGGCGCGACCUGCGCCGACCUGCCGAUCGCGCCAACCGCUCACGAAGCUCUUCAUCGAGACGAUGCUGCUCGCUGCUCGCGUCCACGGAAGCCCGAGCUGUCCGUAAUCGCGCGUAGAACGCGCUGCCUCUUCAUGAAGGAAUAAAUUCAUGAAAGUGCGCGGACAGACAGCCAUCGCGGUACUCUUGCCGGAGGAUCAUCCGGAGACCGAUGCGACGCGGAGAACGACGCAGCUUGUGAGAUCAAAGUGGCCCGGUGAAACUGUUCUCGCACGAUCAUCUUCCUCAAGUAUGCUCGCCAUAGUUCGCGGCAGGUUCCAAUCGCCAUCCCACGUGACGGCGCGCUGCUCCGCCGAAGCGACCUCGGGCAGGAGGCCGUGAGUUCGUUCAAAUCGCUCGUCGCGAUCGUUGACGUGUUGACGUUGGGGAUAUCGUUGAUCGUCCACUCGCGUGGAGGCUACAAAAGCCUGCCGUUUCGCUCAAGUCGUCUCGCACCGAUGGUGCUCGUGCUUCCACGCUCGGGAUCGGUCGAACAGGUAGAACUCGCGCCGGGUCUUAAGGACUUCGACCGCCACGCUCCCUCGCUCAUUCGAGGCUGCGCGCGAGGAAACGCGUGCUUGAAUCGAAGCGACCCUCUCCGAACGAGACCCACUGACCUAUCGACUCGGCAGGCUGCCACCUGAGGCCGCCCCAACCACCCUUGUCCCACGCCGCUCUCCUUCAUGUUUAUUGUCGUCGCUCCUGUCGCUCCUGCCGCGACCUGCAACUCGCAGUUUCUCCCCGAAAUUUCCGAAUGCGUCCGAAGAUCACUCGCUUCGCUCGCGAGGGUGUCAACACCUCCCUCCCUUGAACGUCGUCCCGAGCCGCGAAGAGGUUCAUAUCGCGAAGAUACUUCCCAUAUCGUGCACAACAAGACCGAAAACGUUCUUCCGAGUAGCAUAUGAAAAUCGGUCUUCUUGCUCCCCUCAUUCGUUGUCCCCUACCCAACGUGUUGUUUGUCUCAUUUCGAGAUCGAGGGCCGACGAGCCGAGUCAAGUCGAGCCGGGCGAGAACGAACGGAGAAGCGCGCGCGUCUGCUCGAAAAAUUAGCUCGCAAAAAUUAGUCGAGUCCGCGAGGAAUCGAUCGCGUACAGAAUAUGUCGGAAUCAAGAUGGAAAUACUCGGCGACAUUGGCACGAUUGAGACAGAAACACGUCGCGAAAGCGUGGCGCAUCGCCACGAGUCGUUAAUAACGAUCCCCAACGUGAGCAACCUGACGAGAUAGCCAGCUAAUCGAACGAGCGAGCGAGCGAGCGAGCGAGCGAGCGAGCGAGCGGCAACGAACGAUCGAGAAGAGGACCGAGAAAAACAACACAUCACCAGCCACCACGUUCAGCGCAUCGCGCGCGCGGGAAGAGAGAGAGAGAGAGAGAGAGAGAGAGAGAGACGCGCUAAAGAGCUCUCCUCUUUAAUCGCACGGACGAUGAUUACUGCGUACGAGAUGAAAAUCCAGCCGCACUGAUCUGCGAGCGAUCACGAGAGCGUGCAUUUAUAUGCGAGCGAGCGUGACUCGCGCGGACGACUAUAUAAUGGGAUAGAGAAACCCGCGCGACGCGCUCUCGAGUAAUCUCGGCAAAUUGACUGUCCGACCGAUUGAUCGUCCAACCGAGAUUCAUCGUCAGCUCGUCUCACCCUGGCCUCGACUCGGCGUUGCCAGACGCAACAACAACAACAACAACAACAACAACAACAACAACAACGACACGGUGUCCUCGGCGAUUAGCACGUAGAAAUGCCAUAGUUCGUACUAGAACGUACCACUGCUGAGAGCGAAGAACCGCGCGAGAAAUGGCUGAGAGCGCGGCGAGUCCGGCUGCCGUGCACGUCGCUGCGAACAGCCCGCAGCAGCAGCAACAGCAGCAGCAACAGCAACAGCAGCCACAGCAGCAGCAGCAGCAGCAGCAGCAGCAGCAGCAGCAGCAACAGCAGCAGCAACAACAACCGCAACAGCAGUCGCAGCAGCAACAAGCGCAACAGCCCCCGGAUAUAAGCAGCUCGCAGCUGACGUCGCCGCCGAUCACGGGAACAGCCCAAAUCGAGAUAAUCCCGUGCAAGGUGUGCGGGGACAAGAGCAGCGGCGUGCAUUACGGCGUGAUCACCUGCGAGGGCUGCAAGGGCUUCUUCAGGCGGUCGCAGUCGUCAGUCGUCAACUAUCAAUGUCCGCGGAGCAAGAAUUGUGUGGUCGACCGUGUAAACAGAAACCGGUGCCAGUACUGUCGGUUGCAAAAGUGCCUACGCCUCGGCAUGUCAAGAGAUGCCGUUAAGUUCGGGCGCAUGUCGAAGAAGCAACGGGAGAAGGUCGAGGAUGAGGUCAGAUUCCACAGGGCGCAACUGAGGGCGGCCUCGGAGACGGCGCCGGACAGCAGCGUGUACGAGCAUCAAACUCCGAGUAGCUCGGAUCAACACCACCCCUACAAUGGCGGCUACACGUACGGCGGUAGCGAGUACGCGUCGUCGGGCCCCGGCACCGGCGGUUAUACGAAUUACAAUCACCAGGCGAUGACGAAUUACGAGCUUAGCGCCGACUACGUCGACAGCACGACGACCUACGAUCCCAGGCCGACGCAGACGCAGGUCGCGGACACCGUCGCGCCCGACACACCCUCGGCAGUCACCGCGACCGGGGUGCUGCCCAGCGUGGUCACCACCGAUCCUGCACAGAUCAGCGAGCUUCUCUCGAAGACGAUAGCGGACGCGCACGCGAGGACGUGCCUGGUGUCGACGGAACAGAUCCAGGAGUCCUUCCGGAAGCCCCAAGACCUCUCCAGAUUGAUCUAUUACAAGAACAUGGCGCACGAGCAGCUCUGGCUGGAGUGCGCCCAGAAACUGACCACCGUCAUCCAGCAGAUCAUCGAGUUCGCCAAAAUGGUUCCCGGAUUCAUGAAGCUCUCGCAGGACGACCAGAUCGUUUUAUUAAAAGCCGGUUCCUUCGAGUUGGCUGUGCUACGAAUGAGCAGGUACCUAGAUCUCCAGCAGAACUUCGUCCUGUACGGCGAUGCCCUGCUGCCGCAGGAUGCGUUUUACACGACGGAUACAGCGGAAAUGAAGCUUGUUUCCUGCGUGUUCGAGCUGGCCAGAAGCGUAGCCGAACUGAAGCUCACCGAAACCGAGUUGGCGCUCUAUAGCGCGGCUGUUCUACUUAGCCCUGAUCGGCCGGGACUGAAGGGCCUGGCGGAGAUCACGAGGCUGUCGCAAGCGGUGAUCAGGGCGCUGAGGUCGGAGCUCGAACGGAACCACGUGACGCCGAUCAAGGGCGACGUGACCGUGUGCGACGCGAUCCUCGCCAAGAUACCGCAGCUGCGGGAGAUCUCGCUGCUACACAUGGACGCACUGGCGAAGUUCAAACGGUCGCAGCCGCAUCUCGAGUUCCCGGCCCUCCACAAGGAGCUCUUCAGCGUCGACAGCUGAACGAGCGACGCGGCGCGGAGCGUCGUCCCGGCGCUACCGAGCGGACAGGAACGCGAGUAGCGUCGCGGACCUUGCUCGGUCAAGGUGAGUCCGACCGUCCCGGAAGAGAAAGAGAGAGAGAGAGAGAGAGAGAGAGAGAGAGAGAGAGAGGGAGAGCAAAUGAAAGAAAAAAGAAAGACAUAUACCGAUGGAUUUCGCGGCCCCGGGGAAGCGGAAGUACAGCGUGCGACGCUUCCUAGGAAGAAUCCUCGAGAGCCGGCGAGAACGAUCUCGAUAUGACGAAGAGGGCGAGCGUGACGGAUCGAUCGAUCGACCGUGUGGGUCGGAGAUCGGUCUCUCUUCGCGAAGCGAUCGGACGAGGUUGUUGCCGGUGCUGGCAACGCGAAUCACGGCAGUCACUCAUGUUUGCGUUUAGCCGGUUCGACCACGAGUCCGCGGAGACGAUCGGAGACUCGCGGCUUCAGCGCGAGUACUUUUAAGACGAUUUAUACCGCACCGGCCGCUCGGAGAGGCGAGGGGAACGACGAUGUCGGCUAAUGCCUGUCCGGAUCUCUAGAGUUUAAUGUUGCGUUACUUUUGACCCGAGUAAUGGAUAUCACGACCGACCCUUUGAUUCCCAUCCAAUCAUUUCGUCUUGUCGAGUUUUUGAAUUGUUUUCAUUCCGGAAUCUUUAAUCGAAGCGUUAAGACGCGUUUUUUACUUUCUGAACAUUGAAUUUUAACCCUUUAACCGCUACGGUCGAGAUAACUCGAGUGUGGAAAAAAAUGGCGGCCUUGCUACGAUCGAGUUUACUCGAUUUGGACUUUCAAUGUGUGUGAUAUUGCGUGUGGUAUUUUUUUUUUAAUUUUUUUUAAUUUAAUUUAAAAAUAUGAAUUUUUAAAAACCUGGAUCAUUAGCAAAUUAUAAAAUAUUUUAUAAUUGUAAAAAUAACUCAGCAAAGAGGGUCAUACCGGUCAUUUAAUGUCUCAGCAGUUAAAGGGUUAAUCAAAUCGCGAAUCAUCUGUGGACUGUAAGCGGACACGGAAGAAAUCGUUGAAUCAAAGUCACCUUAAUCGAUAAACAAUUGAUUCGAAAGUACAAAAUAUAUGAAAUGACAUAAAUAUUUGCCAAAAGUCAUCAGUAUCUUUAAUCGUUUCUUUCAGCAUGAAACGCAAAUGUUAGGAAAAUUUCUCGUUUUACGUAUAAUCAUGUGGGUGCAUUAUUAAGGAGGAAUUUGAUAUAUAUAUUAUAUUUAAUAUUACAUUUUAAUAUUUAAUGUUACAUUUUCGAUUCGUCAAUAUUGUUUCUAUAAGAGUUAUAAAUGGCCGGCCGUCUGACAUCGCCGUUUACAAAAUCGCUCGUCCGAGUAGCGACAUAUUGAACAUUCGGGAGUUCUGCAUCGUUAUAUUGUAUAUAUACAUUCUCCUCACUGUUUACACACACAAGAAACACGCAUGAACGUAUGCACAUACACGUACACGUACACGUACACACAUAUACAUUGCACGGAAGUAGGAACGAGCGAGUCUCGAGACAAAUGGUGACAAUGAAUGGAACUCCCGAUUGUGUACGUGUUUACAAAUCUUUUUACGAUGUUUGAUUCGCGUGCGACGAACACGACGUAACAAAACGGCAAACAAGAUGCCAGUUUUAACCCUCCGACGAUGAACUACAUGCUGAUUAGUCAGAGUUAUCGUUUUCAAGAAAGUUGGAAAAAAAUCCUCGAUGUACCUUUUCAUUUGCAAAAAUAAAAUAAUAACUACAAAAAUAAAAUAAUGCGAGAGAUAAAGAGGAACUCGGUUAAAAUUGGAUAUAAAAGUCACUUCAAUUUUACGAAUCAACGAUCGUAUUUUAUUAAUUAUUUUAAGUUGACAGUAAGUUUUUAACAAAAUGACUGCUACGAAAAAUAAUAAACGAGUCAAACUCGUCAGUUAUCGUUGGAAGGAUUAAAAGCGGCGAGAUAGAAAAUAUUAAGUUUUGUAAAUAUGCUUGUACGGUUACCAACAACCUGAUCCGAAAGCAGAUCGCUUCUCUGUUUCUCUUUCGGAAACGUCCUCGAUUCUACAAAAAGGCGAUAAAAAUAAGUCUUGUGUCUGAUAGCAAAUUUUUACAAUUCGUAAUAACUACGUCAAAUUCCAUCCUUCUAUUUUCUUUUCCCUAAUCGGCUCUUUGUUGCACAAACGUUACAUUUUCUGAAUGCCUUUUUAACUAACGAAUUUUUUACUUCGGGGAAUCAAUAUCGCCAAUGGACGUCUUGAACGAGAAAUCAAACUGUAGUAACGACGAAUGAAUGGGAUUUCAAAUGGGAGGCUGAAUUGAAUUUUUAAUAAAAAAUCGUGGCUAGAGGGGCCUUUUUGGAAUUUUUAUCAAUUCUACACUAAUCUACUCUAUCAAUCUCGACGAAACGUUGAAGAGGAGUUAUUCGCUAACUACGAUGUUUUGUAUGGAGUGGAAACUUUUUUAAUCCGAAAAUCCGAUUCUCACUCCGGCUCCCAUUCAUUGGCGGUUACUGUGAAUCGGAUGGUUCGUAUUCCGAACGAUCAGCCUACCGGAUAGCGUAUGCGGUUUAUCUGAGUUCGCUAACGAGCACAUUGUACAACACGUUAACUUAUUUGUUUUUUUCUUUCUUUCGUUGCUAAUAUCUCGUUAAUAUUUCUCUUUUCGUUUUAAAUUUAAACGUUAGGCUCCUCCUAGGUAUGCGUCUAAGUAUAUCUUAAGAUACGUCUCGUUCGUAAUGAGCGUAAAGAUCAUAGUCGAUAAUUCGUACAAAUACGUAUGUUUAUUUCUGGUACGUCGACACGAGUGAAAACUUUAUCGCUGAAUAAAUGGAUCUUAAAAUUACGAAAGAUGUUCCAAAGAGAUACACACCGAUGGCGGAAUCUUUCCAAAUUCAUACGUCGAAAUUUCUGUCGACAAGAAUUUGCAUGUCUCAGUGACGAAAUUGCAUUUAACUAAUUCUAAGAUCUAGGAGUAAUUCGUCUUUAAUUUUAUACAAAUUUAAAUCUUACUAAUUCGUACAUGUAGAAUUUAUAGGCGGCAAUAUAUGACGGAAUCUUGCUUCUUAUUUAAUUUAACUAUAUGUACAUAUUUUUAUUAUCGCGAUAGAAAUUUCAAAUUAGAAUAGAAGAUAACAAUUUCGACAACAAGGAAUGUUUCGAAAUCUCGGAGACCUUUAAUCGAAAUUUCUCGGGAUUAAUUUUUACUGCUCUUGCGCCUUUUUGGGACAUCUUUGCAUUUCUCGCUCGCCAACGCAUCAUGAAAUUAUGUUAAAUAUCUAGCUUGCCGCAUCUAUUGUUAUAUUAUAUCGGAUCGAGGUGUUGUUGAGCAAAUUAGCGCGUCCCGAUCCCUUCGGAUCGGAAUGUUCGGCCUUUCCGUCAAAAUUGCACGUCCGGUAGGCUCUCAAGCAUACGUCACGAUGUCACGAUUGUCUUGAGACAGUAAAAGUGUCGAGUGUUCGAGAGACAACCUAUUGGUUGGCCGUGUCGGUUCUCGGUCGAGUGAUUCUUCCUAGGAAAUGUCGUGACAACGCUGAAGGUAAAUUUAGGCAAAUAGGAAAAUUAAUAACGCGAGGGUAAAAUCACGCGAGGGGUAAAAAGAAACGCAUCGAGCUGACUACAGCGCCGGUGUAUGGUCUUGCCGAUUGUCGACAGCAAUUUUUGGAAAUUUUUACAGCGUAAUUACGCAGCGAAAAUUUCGCGACUUAACUUUUCACGUUCGACACUUGUUCGCCGGCUGGGAAGCUAAGAAAGUCGAG